AAAAAUAACGAAUAAAAAUAAUUAUAACAGACAAAAUAUUGAAAUUUGUCGCAACAAUAAUUUAAAAAGUAAAAUAAAAACGUGAUCGGAAGUCAACAGUAUCUAUUUUUUGCGGCUGCGGUCGUGUCUAGUUGUCGAUUAUGAGACAAUAGCGGAACGAAGCGACACAAGAAACCCGGGUUUUAGAGAAAAAUUCGUGAAAGCUGUGGUGACGUCUCUAUAAAAUCCGGGUUUGCUCAAUUUCUUCGUCAUUGAUUGUCAGUAAUCGAGCAUUACCAGUUGGUACUUGUCAGUGAAGUAAAACAAUAACAGCGAGAACAAAACCGGCGCCAUGAAUUAUCUGAAUUUCUUGGUAAUAGUGUGCAGCGUUUCCAUAACCACCGCAGCAACAAGAUAUCUCGCGAUACCAAUCGACGGAAUGGACAUAAUUGAAGUUAAUCCACAACAGCAGAUUCAGCAAAGACCGCCGAGACAAACAGAAGCUUAUAUACCGCAAAUUUUGUCACACGGUCAGCAAUUACAGCAAGAACGCCAGCAACCGCGGAUUGAGAGAUCACCCAUACUCGAUUACGUUGACUUUGGCGCUCAAACUGGGAAUAAUGGGGCUUAUAACUGGUUCGUUGACUAUCCUGCUCAUCGUUAAUUUUCUCUACAACAACAACAGCAGCAAUUAUUACUAAUCAAUUACUGAUUGAUAAUUAUGAUAAUCAUUAUCAUCUUCAAUCUGUUGAUCUGUAAAU